AUGAGUCGCAGGCUGACCAAGUUGCCGUUGCUAAAGAAGAAGGACAGCAAGGAGUCCAACCUUCAGGUCAAUCGUGACCAGCAGCAGUGGGACCGCCAGGUAGCCCAUUUCUCUGGCUCCCACCCAUCCACUUCCCAAGACGCAGCCACUCGGAGAACCACGCAGCUCCUGCCUCUGCUUGUGAAGUCUUCCGCAGCUCCAACACAGGCCAGGAAGAGGGUUCAGCUUCCAGCGCUGGUGCUCCCCGACCUGGGCCAAAGGACAACCCUGAGGACCACUCCAGGGACUGCUCAGGCGGACGACCAGCAAGGCGAGAAAGAGCCCGUGGCCUUGCCAAGGGUGCCGGAGAGGGAAAGCUCUCAGAGGAGCAGCCUAUCCCAGGGGAGAAGGCCUUCCAAGGCCCUCCUGCCUUUAUAUCCAGAACUCUCCGACCAAUGUUUCCAAACCUUCUGGGAGAGCAAGGAGCCACUGAAUGGCAGAUCUGUGACAGAGAUGUUGGAGCAGAUGGAUGAAAAGGAAAUACUAGAUACCAUCCUGGAGCAUCUUCGUCCCUCCCUGCAUAUCUCUGCAGGCCCCCAACUGCCCAGGAGGAAAACGGAUGGACUUCCCUCCCUCCACCAGAAGUCUGCGCUCCGAGAAAGUCAUUCCCAUCUCUUGCCUCAAGAGAAGAUUUCGCUUUACAAAUACUACGGGGUGAAACUACGCAACUCGAGACAGAAAGACCUGGUCAAGGAACAACUGAAAAAUCUUCUAGGUUUUUCAUUUCAAGAAGAAACAGACAGAGAAGGAAUCUCUGAAGCCAUCGGAGUGGUUGCCUUUUGCCAUCUUCCUGAGAUCCUGGUGGCCCUGAGGCAGGUUGGCCACUUUGUGCGUGCAAAGAAACCUGCUCUGCAAGAAGCCCCCUUUCAGGACCCACACUCUUGUUUUGAGAGACAAAUUCGCACAGCCGUGAUCCUGUGCUAUGGCCACGCAGCCCUGGGAGCCCAGCCAGAGGACCUGAUGCCUUUAGCUGAACACAUUGUCUCUGAGAUUCUCUUCCAGUAUUGGACCAGGAACAAGGAUGAAGCCUUGACGAAAGCGUUCCUGACGUCCGUGAUCAGGAUCACCAAGGCUCUUGUCCAGACCAAGAGUCAGGAUGUCCAUUUACCCCACAAAUCUGAACUGGCCCUCAAUAUAAAU